AUGAUUGAUGAGUCUCUACCAUCAGCCUCUUCACAUCACCUAGUAGAAGCUUUAUGCUUCCUACCUAACCUGACUCACCUGACACUAACAGUUAUUCGCCAGGAGUUCUUUUCUCAUCUGAACGAGAAGGCUUCAACCUUGAAGGUCCAUACUCUUGAGAUUUGGAAUGAUAAGCCUCUAUCAUCAGCCUCUUCACAUCACCUAGUAGAAGCUUUAUGCUCCCUACCUAACCUUACUAACCUGAUACUGAGCAGAGUUUAUGACCAGGAGGAGUUCUGUUCUUAUCUGAAUGAGAAGGCUUCAACCUUGAAGGUCCAUACUCUUCAGAUUGAGAGUUAUAAGCCUCUAUCAUCAGCCUCUUCACAUCACCUAGUAGAAGCUUUAUGCUCCCUACCUAAUCUGACUAACCUGAUACUGAGAGGAGUUUGGGACAAGGAGGAGUUCUGUUCUCUUCUGAAUGAGAAGGCUUCAACCUUGAAGGUCCAUACUCUUGUGAUUAGGAAUGAUAAGCCUCUAUCAUCAGCCUCUUCACAUCACCUAGUUGAAGCUUUAUGCUUCCUACCUAACCUGACUGACCUGAUACUGAGAGGAGUUUAUGACCAGGAGUUCUGUUCUCAUCUGAGUGAGAAGGCUUCAACCUUGAAGGUCCAUACUCUUCAGAUUGAGAGUUAUAAGCCUCUAUCAUCAGCCUCUUCACAUCACCUAGUAGAAGCUUUAUGCUCCCUACCUAAUCUGACUAACCUGAUACUGAGAGGAGUUUGGGACAAGGAGGAGUUAUGUUCUCUUCUGAAUGAGAAGGCUUCAACCUUGAAGGUCCAUACUCUUGAGAUUUGGAAUUACGAGCCUCUAUCAUCAGCCUCUUCACAUCACCUAGUAGAAGCUUUAUGCUCCCUACCUAACCUGACUAACCUGACACUGAGAGGAGUUUGUGACAAGGAGGAGUUCUGUUCUCAUCUGAAUGAGAAGGCUUCAACCUUGAAGGUCCAUACUCUUCAGAUUGAGAAUUAUAAGCCUCUAUCAUCAGCCUCUUCACAUCACCUAGUAGAAGCUUUAUGCUUCCUACCUAACCUGACUAACCUGAUACUGAGAGGAGUUUAUGACCAGGAGUUAUGUUCUCAUCUGAGUGAGAAGGCUUCAACCUUGAAGGUCCAUACUCUUCAGAUUGAGAGUUAUGCGCCUCUAUCAUCAGCCUCUUCACAUCACCUAGUAGAAGCUUUAUGCUCCCUACCUAACCUGACUAACCUGAUACUGAGAGGAGUUUAUGACCAGGAGUUCUGUUCUCAUCUGAAUGAGAAGGCUUCAACCUUGAAGGUCCAUACUCUUCAGAUUUGGAAUGAUAAGCCUCUAUCAUCAGCCUCUUCACAUCACCUAGUAGAAGCUUUAUGCUCCCUACCUAACCUGACUAACCUGAUACUAGAUGGAGUUUGUGACGAGGAGGUGUUCUGUUCUCAUCUGAAUGAGAAGGCUUCAACCUUGAAGGUCCAUACUCUUCAGAUUUGGGAUGAUGAGUCUCUAUCAUCAGCCUCUUCACAUCACCUAGUAGAAGCUUUAUGCUUCCUACCUAACCUGACUAACCUGAUACUGAGAGGAGUUUGUUACCAGGAGUUCUGUUCUCAAUUGAAUGAGAAGGCUUCAACCUUGAAGGGUUCUUUCCCUCAGAUCAGUGAAGGAAAUUUCAUGUUCAAUGGAAAGCCUCAGAAGGAUCUUCAUUCAUUCCAACAAGCACUCAGAGAGUACAUAUAUGUAUGGUAGGUGAAUUAUUAAACUUAUUAAGGUAAUUGUACCUAAAUGGUCAUGAAAUGGCUUUUGUAGAAAUAUGCUCCAGGCAUACGAUAAUUGUACCUAAACUGGUCAUGUAAAUGAAAUAACUAUUUACAGUACUAAUUCAUAAUUAUGAGGAACAUAAUGAUUGUACUUAAACUGAUCGCGUCGUGGUCUAGUGGUUCUGACUCUCGCCUUUCAAACAGGGUCGUGGGUUCGAAUCCUAGCCAUGGCGUGUUUUCCUUCAGCAAGAAAUUUAUCCACACUGUGCUGCACUCAACCCAGGUGAGGUAAAUGGGUACUGGCAGGAAGUAAUUCAUCAAAAAGCUGUGUGCAUCACAAUCGGUAGACUAGCUUAGCCGGGGUAAUAUAGGAGUGCCUUGAGCACCUAGCAAGGUGGAUACAUGCGUUAUACAAAUCCUAUGUUAUUUUUAUUUUAUCAUGAAUCUGCUUCAUCCAAUAGUAAUUAAUUUAUAUAAGGUAUACAAUAUGUACUUGAAAAGGUCUUGAACAGCUUUUUUACAAUACUAAAUUCAUUUGAGGAAUGCAAUAGUUGUACCUAAAUUGUUCAUAAAUUUUUUUUUAAAGAUACUAGUUUAAAUGUACAAGGAAUACAAUAGUUGUAUUUAAAUUGAUCAUAAAACAGCUUUUUGUGCAAUACUAAUUUAUAUGUAUUAGUCAGGGGCCUUAUAGGCCCAUAAUUUGUAGUUUUGGGGACAGAGUUUACAAAAGCACCAAACUUUCCCUAUGUCACUAUUACGUCAAUAGCUUCAUUUUUCCCCACAUAACAUGGUGUUGAAAAUUGCAUCUUCAUGCAAAGAUAUGCUAAUUUAUGUAAAUUAGCAGUAAUUUAUGCAUGAAGCCAUAUGCCAAUAGAAAUUAAUUAAUAAAAGUUAAUAAAAAGAUACCAAACUAUAGAAAAGUCUCUAUCAGGUCAAUAGCUUUAAUGUUUCCCACAGAACAAAUUGAAAAUUUUGUUUUCAUGCAAAAGUAUGUUAAUUUAUGUAAAUUAGCAGUUAAUUUAUGCAUGAAUAGUAAAAAUUAGUAUAAAGGAGUAAAAAGAAACCAAACUUAAAGAAAAUCUCUUUCAGAUCGAUAGCUUUAAUUUUCCCUAUCAAACGUGCUAUUGAAAAUCCCGUCUUCAUGCAAAAUAUGCUAAUUUAUGUAAAUUAGCAAUUAUUUAAAAACUUAUGCUAUUUUGCUAAUUAUUUCUGCUAAUGGAAAUAAUUCUGUAUAAAUAGUAAGUGCUGCUUAUUGAAGCAAAUUUGAUGCAAAUUUAUCUUAAGAGAAACAGAGCCCUCUUUGAACGGGUGUCCAUUUUAAAUCCUGUCCCCCAUUCUCACUCCCUACACACUGGCGUAAAUCCAGUCGGAGCAAGGGGGGGUGAGCAAUAUAUUGACAGGAAAAUUCAAAACUUUGGAGACACCCCAUGUAUACGGAGAUAUAUAGCCAUGUACUAUCUGUCAGUUAAAGUCUGAUUUUCUCAAUAGCUAUAAAGUAUAUAUGGAUCACAGUUAAGCAAAUUUUCAGUCGUUUGGGAAACAAAAUGGUGUCCAAAAAUCUCUUUCAAGUUGUGUAAUAAUCACAUCAUGGGCAAUGUAUACGUAGGCAUAUUCUAUAAAUCUGUACAUUAUUACUAUCUCCUUUCGGCUAGAGACCUAUCCUAUAUUGUAAUUAAUUUGUUGGGAUGUAAAGUAAUGAUUUUCAGUAAAUAUAAAAAUCUGCAGCUUCACCGUGAGGAGGGAUUGUAAACCAAGAUAUAAUUCAAGCAGCAAGCAAUGAGUCUGAUCGAGACUAUACUUCAACCAGGGUUACAUGAGAAUCAAAUUCUCCCUCAUCAAUUUGGACUGAUUCUUCCCGAAUAUGGCCUGAUUCGGAUGAAUUCGGUGGAUGCGCAACCUAUUCGUCUCUGAUUCGGGUUGCUCACUGAAUUAGAGACGAUUAGGUCUAGAACAAGUCCCGUAUCAGAGCAGAAUCCCCAAGAAUUUACCCGAAUCAAUAUUGACUGUCCCGCAUAAAGCUGUAUGCAACCCCAACAGUUACAAUUCGAGCUGAAUUUAGCCCAAAUCCUCUGAUUAUCGCCAAAUGACGACCUGAAUAAUGACCCGAAUCUUAACGAUUAUGCCCGAAUUCGCCAAGUACGCCACCAAAUUUCCAGAAAAUACGCCAGAUUCUUUCGAAAUGGGCUAUAAUUUACCGAUUCAACAGCUAUUCGGAUGCCAUUUUUCUAUUUUCUGGCCAAUUCGUCUCACUCGUCUAUAUUCUUUUUUGUAUUCGAGUAAUGAUUCGUACGAUAUGGGAAGGCAAGAGUCGGACCUUUACUCUACGACUGAUACCAAUAGGUCUUCCCAGAAUACCCCAAAUGCCUCCCAAAAUCCAACCAAAUUCCCUUGGAAUACAUCCCGAAUGUGGCCCGAAUGGAAUUUGUCGUAGCCACAUUCGGGAGUAUUUUGGAGGUAUUUGGCUGGUUUUGAACAUUUUCAUAACGUGCCGAAUUCCUCCAAGAAUGUUCCCUAAUCCCUCCUGAAUAUUCCUGCAUUCGGGAGGGUAGAACAGAGUGCUCGAGAAUUCAUCCUUAUGUGUAUUCGGAUGGAUUUGCAGCUGAUUUGGUUCCGGUGUAACCCAUGUUUUAAGUAGGAAAUCCGUUUCUAGACGACAAACCAGAAUAGGAUGCAGCUGUGGUAAACACUCUGCAAAGCAUUCUGAUGAUAACCAAAGUACAGUCUCUAGAAUACAUCACGUCAGUCCUGGUUUAAGCUAGGUUUACACCAAAACCAAAUUCUCCCAAAUAAAUUCGGACUGAUUCUGCCCGAUUAUGGCCUGAUUCAGAUGGAUUAGAGGAGUUCCCCCAAAUAGAGAAGAAUGGGUCCGGAAUAUGUCCAGAUUCAGCGCAGAAUCGCCAAGAAUUGACCAAAUCAAUUUUGGUCAUCCCCAAAAAACAGAAUGCCAACACGAAUAGUGGCAAGAAUCGACCCAAGCAUGUCCAAAAUCCACCCAAAAUAAUAUGACCCGAUAUCUCUGAUUACAGCCGAACGAUGGCCUGAAUGUGGACCCGAAUCAGAACAAAUGCACCGAGCUCGGAUGGUUCGGGACAGUUGUGCCCAGAAUGAUACAAAUAGGUCCGAAACUGCCCAGAAAACUCCAAAUGCCUCCCCUAAUCAAACCGAAUGUCGCCCGAUUACAUCCCAAAUGUGGCCCGAAUGAAAUUUGUUGUGGUCACAUUCGGGAAUAUUCUGGAGGGUAUUCGGCUGGUUUUGAACAUUUCAAAAUGAGCUGAAUUUCUCAGCGAAUGUUCCCGAAUUUUCUCGCAUUUACGAAGGCAAUACAGAAUAUUCCUGAAACCACCCGAAUACGUGUAUAUGGAUGGAUUCGCAGCUGAUUCAGUUCCGUUCUAACCCUAGUUUUAUGCAAGGGUUACACCAAAACCAAAUUCUCCCAAACAAAUUCGGACCACUUCUGCCCAAAAUGGACUGGAUUCGGUACUUAUUCGUCUCCGAUACGGGGAGCUCCUGGAAUCAAUUCGGAAGGAUCCGGUUCUAUUCUGUUCUCCCUCCCCAUAUACAAGAACACUCGUGGAGAGAUUCUGCUUGUCUUGAAAUGUUCAAAACGAAUAUCCUCCAAAAUUUGGCCACGACAAAUUUUAUUCGAGCCACAUUCGGGAUGUAUUCGGAUGAUGGAAUUCGGUUGAAUUUGGAGAGGCAUUUGGACAAUUAUUUUGGGAAGUCAAUAGCUCUGAUUCGGGACCUGUUCCAGACCGAUUCGACUCUGAUUUGGUCUGAAAUUGAUUGGGAGAAUUCAGUUUUGGUGUUACCCUAGUUUUAGUGAUAGAGAUCAAUUCAUAAGCCAAUUAAGAAAUAUCACUAAAAUUAUUCAGGUCACCGUCAACCUAGGGACGACAGAAAAAGAAGGAUCAGGUCUCUUUGCUCAAAUCUGAUGUGUCCCUGUUCUAAAAAAAUGUACAUAGUUGUCAGAGGGGCAGACAUGGACAGCUUUUUCUGACAUGAGAACCAUCCAUAUACCCUCCUCUUUCUGACAGGGGAAAACUCUACUUGGGAAAGAAAUCUGACCUCUUGAAUUGCUUUGAAAAAAAGAUGAAAUACUAGUUUAUCUUUUCCAUAUGAUUUAGGUUUUUUAAUUGUGAAAGGGGUAUACACAGGAUUUAUAAUUUGCAUAAAUUUGCAUUUUAAACAUGAUACCCUCCUCUGGUCUCAUGGAAAGUCACCAUAAUGAAUGAAUUGUGUAACAGUGCCUCAUAUGCAUAGUGUUGUGCUCGUCCCUUGGUUUAAAACCUCGAUAUAUGAUAGUUGAUGUGUUUAACACAUACAUGUAUUUGCAGAAAUUGUGCAUAAAUUUGCAUUAAUUAACAUUGAAAAUUGAUUCCUUUUCGGGAACUGUACAGAAAUCAAUCUAGAUUUGAUGCCCCAUCAUAAUAAAUCCCAAAUACCCCCCCCC